UGUUCCAGCCUACAGUACAUUCUGCUGCUUAUCCGGGGAUGUCACACCGCUGCUAUUUUCUCCCCUCAGUCCUUCUCACUCUCAGCCUACAGCUCAAGCGGACUGACACGGGGCUUUGGAUAGAAAGAAACGAACAAUAAGAUACAAAACAGAGGCCAAAAUGGCAGAGCUUGGAGCGGGAAGCCUGUCGUUAGGGGAUCCUGCUUUUAAUUAUCAGGAACACGAGCUGAACGAGCGGCUGAAACGGCUGUACCCGGCUGUGAACGAGGAAGAGACCCCUUUACCCCGAUCCUGGAGCCCCAAGGAUAAAUACAGCUACAUUGGGCUGUCACAGAACAACCUGCGAGUCCAUUACAAAGGCCAUGGAAAGAACCACAAGGACGCAGCAUCAGUGCGAGCCACACACCCAAUCCCUGCUGCCUGUGGGAUCUACUACUUUGAAGUCAAGAUUGUCAGCAAAGGUCGAGACGGGUACAUGGGCAUCGGCCUGUCUGCCCAGGGAGUCAACAUGAACAGACUGCCUGGAUGGGACAAGCACUCAUACGGUUACCAUGGAGAUGACGGCCACUCCUUCUGCUCCUCCGGGACCGGCCAACCAUACGGCCCAACAUUCACCACGGGGGACGUGAUCGGAUGUUGCGUUAACCUCAUCAACAACACUUGCUUUUACACCAAAAAUGGCAUCAGUUUAGGUGUAGCCUUCACAGACCUCCCUCCCAACCUGUACCCCACAGUGGGGCUUCAAACUCCGGGUGAGAUCGUAGACGCUAACUUUGGCCAGCAGCCGUUUGUCUUCGACAUCGAGGACUACAUGAGCGAAUGGCGGGCCAAGAUCCAUGGCAUGAUCGCUCGCUUCCCCAUAGGAGAGAGGCUGGGGGAGUGGCAGUCUGUCCUGCAGAAUAUGGUGUCCAGCUACCUAGUGCAUCAUGGGUACUGUGCCACCGCAACAGCCUUCGCCAGAGCCACAGAGACCAUAAUACAAGAGGAGCAGACAUCUAUAAAGAACAGACAGAGAAUACAGAAGCUGGUGCUUGCGGGACGGGUGGGCGAAGCCAUAGAUGCUACUCAGCAUCUUUAUCCCGGCCUGUUAGAACACAACCCCAACCUACUAUUCAUGUUGAAGUGUCGUCAGUUCGUGGAGAUGGUGAACGGCACAGACAGCGAGGUUCGCUGCUUGACCAUUCGCUCCCCCAAGUCCCAGGACAGUUACCCUGGCUCACCCAGCCUCAGCCCCCGCCACGGAGCCAGCAACACACACUUGCACACCGGAGAAGCAGACAGCCCAACCUGCAGUAACGGAGUGACUCCCCCCAACAAGUCAAAGAGCCACAGUGGCACAGGCAGCAGCAGCAUCAAAUACCCCAGCGUGUCCUCCUCUGCCUCCUCUUCCACCUCCUCCUCCCCUUCCUCCGUCAACUACUCCGAGUCCAACUCCUCCGACUCCACGAAGAGCCAGCCACACAGCGCCAAUAGCACCCAGGAAACCAGUGACAGUGAGAUGGAGAUCGAAGCAGAGCACUAUACCAAUGGGGUUGUUGAGGGCUCCUCAGCGCGGAUCAUGAAUGGCACAUACAAACACGAAGAGAUCCUUCAGCCAGACGACAACAGCAUUGGCAAUGGGGUCGCAGAUGAGGGUUGUACUAAUGGUAGACAGCUCUGUGGGGGCAACCAGGCAGCCACAGAGAGGAUGAUCCAUUUUGGACGGGAGCUGCAGGCGCUAAAUGAACAGCUGGGCCGCGAGUAUGGCAAAAAUGCCACACACAAGAAGAUGUUACAGGAUGCAUUCAGCCUGCUAGCGUACUCGGACCCGUGGAACUGCCCCGUGGGCCAGCAGUUAGACCCUACACAGAGAGAAUCACUCUGCUCCGCACUCAACAGCGCCAUACUGGAGUCCCAAAAUCUGCCUAAGCAGCCUCCACUGAUGUUAGCGCUCGGCCAGGCCACAGAGUGUGUUCAGCUCAUGGCCCGAGUCCGGUCUGGUUCCUGCUCCUUCGCCAGAGUAGACAACUUUUUGCACUAGCCCAGGUCCAGGUUAAUGUUAAGUAGCACUGAGAGAAGAAGGCAUGUCCAGCAGGUAGUUGUCGUGGCAACGGGGGAAAGAGCAUGCACAUGAUUGGUGUGUUUGGCUGUCCGUCAGACCGAGCCAGCAGCACAGACAGAGGAACAGAGGAGAGCGGGAGAGAAGAAAGCUUCCUUUUGAUUUAGUAUUAUCAAAUAAAGAAAUGUGUGACACUAUUUAAAGAUAAUUAAUUAUUAUUCUGUUUAUCUAGCCAUUUUAUAGUUCUGUUUUUUGUCAGUUUGUUGUGCUCAUCCUGGACAAAACAAAUUGUAAAUCCCCUUUUUAUUUUUUCUUCUGUUUUUAAUGGGUGGAUUUUGAUUCCCUUUGUUCAGUAUUUUACUCACAUUGUUGUUGUUCACCAUAUCACAGACCACAAUACCCACAUCUGGCUACCACGGUAACCCCCACAACUGUAGGUCAACUUAACACAACCGGAGGUAUAUUAACAUCAUCUUUGAUAAGAUACAGAAGACAGACAGACUCUUAGCCCUUUAUCCUUCUAAAAGGAUUCAUUCAAUCUUCAAAGUGCAUUCAUUACUUAAAAUACAUUCAGCAAACGUGUGCUCAGCAUGAAGAACACUAUUGAUUGUGUGGAGCAGAUCAUUAGCUCUGGUCAAGGCUGAUGCCGUACAGUAGUUAACACUGCCACUGAUGUAAAAUAGAAAAUGGACAAAAGUGGGUCCCUAAAUUAUUCCACAAGGUUGGAAAUAACAGUGUAGUGCUGUGUGUCGCAGAAUUGGAAUUCCCUUAAGGAACAAAAUACUUGGCACGAACAGGUUAGACACAUCCUGAAAAAAGCAUCACCUGUGUAAAAAAACAUAAUUGAAGGGCCUCUGUAGUGGUAGAACUGCCAGUAACUAGGCGGAGAAGGUGAUGACAAGGGAUUAAAUUGGAAUAUUGAGGUGUUGGAGUCUUAACUUUACUUUAACAACCACAGCACUGACCAAUCAGUGAUGUGCUGCAACUACAACACCUGCUCUCAAAUCCCAACCUAACACUAUUAUCAUGGUUUGCCUUGAUGCCGGCAUAAAGAAAAUCACUAUCAAAGGCAGACUAACGAGCACAGUGUAUGGCUGGCAAAAAGUCAAGUCACCCCUGGGGAUUUUUUUUUUUAAUAAUUUUUUUUGCCUGACCUGCUCUGUGCAUGUGCUGUCGCAGUUGGAAUUUUGAAUAAAGAGGUAAAAUAAUUUGCCUAACAAGAAGGUUUUUAAGUCUUGGGUGAUAAUCAUGUGAUAAUUAAGUCACGGUCUCACAGUUUGUCACAGUUUCUUUCAUUCUGGGCAUUUAAUUCCAAACAUCUCAAAGGUUGUUAAAACCAGUUUUGUGUGUUGAGGAACACAUUUUUUUCACUCAGACCCCUCCAUUUUUCUAACACCCAUAAACUUGACUUGAUUACAGUAUGUCCUAUUGGACAGGAGGACACAGCCAGGUUCAUUUAUUGAGCCCCAAACCACAAGUUUGUCCCAGAGUGCCUCCCAGUAUGUACAAUAACUAACAAAAAAAUGGAAAAGAAGGAUAUUUUUUUUUAUUGUUUAGGGUCGCUGUUGGCACCAUGAGAUUUAACAACAUCGCCCCUGUUUUAGAGUCAGAUCAGUAGUAAAAAACUACUAAUUACCACUAAUAGCCACCAAUGGCAUGGCAUUACAGCUAUCACUCCUCACUGUCAGCCACUUUGUAUGGAGUCCCAAAGUGUUUGAUAGUAAGUGAAUAAAUAGGACAUUAUGAAAUAUCAUGAAUGAAUAGAGUAAAAUGUUUAAUUGAGCCAAUACAUCUGAAAAAUCUAAUUUCACAUGCUUUUCUGUUCAAAAGUCUCCCGUCACCAGUGCCCACCACUUUCAACCAAUCACAUGUCUCCAGCUUCUCUUCGCAGGCUCAACAACUACUACCAAAAUUUAGCCCGCUAUCUCAUAUUAGCUUGUGGCUAACUUACUAGCUAGUUAGAAAUUUUGAAUCAACCAACUAGUUGCUGCUGCUCCUAAACACACUGGCCAGUAACCACACUUUCUUUUUAUUUAGCUUAACAAGGCUACAUAUGCUACCUACCUAGCCAGCUAACUAGCUAGGCUGGCUUGUAGGCUUGGAUUUAUGAGUCAGCAUCAAAGUGAAGAGCAUGUGUUAGCGGCCGCAGCUUACAUUUGCUGGUCAAUUCAGAGUUACUUAGGCAGCAUGUGAUUCUGGACAUAUUACUGGGCCUGAGUUGAAUUUUGAUAAUUUCUUAAAUUAUUUCAUAGUUUAUUGGCUCUUUUAUGUCUGUUCAUGAGAUUAAUCAUUUGAUAAUGUCUUGUUAAAUGUUGGAGUUUAUUAUUGGAUUUUUCAUUUUGACAUUGUGUCAUCAUCAUCUUGAUCAGCUUUCUGUCUCUGUAUCUAAACGGAUGAUUGUUCAUAGCAAAAUAACAAAUUAGACUCAACUUCACCCUAGGUUCAGUCCAAUAAUUGGAUUUUGAUAACACACUUGUUUUGUUCCAUCCCUUAGCUUUAUUUCAAACAUUUUACUUCUUUUGUUUUUACACCAGGUUUUCUACCAUAUAGCACUGACUUAAUGUUGUCUGACUGUGGCAUUCUGUCACUUCGGCUGCUUUGUUGUGACCUGGCAAACGGCUUGUGGAUCCACCCUGACGUGUACAUUUCCAUUUAUAAGAGAAUUUCAGUCUAUGGUAGAGAAAUAUGGAAUAAUAUGUGGGGUUUACUACAGGGUAUGUGGUCAAACCUUUUACCAAGCUGGUUUUUAUAAAGACCUUCUGCUAUAAUAGGAACUAUUCUAAUAACCAUACAUACAGCACACACUCCUGACAUCUGCUUCUACAGCUGUAAAGGACUUCUGUUACACACACAUACACACACACACACACACACACACACACACACACACACAGACUCACAAUUGUAUGUGAAAGAACAACCUCUGUUGCAUACCUGUAGGGAACAAGUCUCCCAGCUGUCAUUUGUGUGUGUGAGCCUGGGCUGUGCCUCAGCACUGUUACCACGCACCCUUCCUCUUAUCCCUGCAUAGACAUAGCCACUGAUGUGAUCAGUGAUUGUAUUAAGGAAAGAAGGGAUGUGAACAGUUUUCGAAAUGGGCACGAGGCCUUUAAAGCCACAUGGACUUCUUCAGGAGAGGCCAGAUAAAUGGAUUUAGGCAUCGCAGACAAGCUGUGCGCACUUGACUUCUAUCAUGAUUUUAAUUUCAUAUUUUGACUUUUGAGUUUUAGCAAAAAAUAAAAAUAAAAAAAAACAAUUGUGAAAUGAGUUACCCUCUACUUAGCAUGACUUUUAAAACCUUUAAAACGAUAUAAAAAAAGAAAAAUGAUAAUUGAAAAAAAUACCUAUGUACUGGAAACAUGUUAAAAAAGAAAAAUUGUAUUCUGUUUAAUUUUGACAGAAUUAUUUUUAUUAAAAUACAUCCAUAAGCAUUU